AUGUCAUUCCUCCUCACUGCUGCUGCUGCUGCCGCUGCUGCUGCUGCUACUGCUGCUGCUGCUACUGCUGCUGCUGCUACUGCUGCUGCUGCUGCUGCUGCUGCUGCUGCUGCUGCUGCUGCUGCUGCUGCUGCUGCUGCUGCUGCUGCUGCUGCUGCUGCUGCUGCUGCUGCUGCUGCUGCUGCUGCUGCUGCUGCUGCUGCUGCAUGUUUGGCCAUUCGGGUCCGGAGUAGCCUUAUAGUUUCGUCGGUGUAG